AUGCAAAAAAAAAAAAUGACCGAAAAAGGACAGAGAUCCUUUUCACAGAAGAAACGAUGUAUAUGGGCGCCACUCGAAAAACCGCUUACGGAUGUAUUACAGAAAUACUGCCGUUUUGUUGCCAGAUAUCCGGUAUCAUUUAUUAUCAUCUCAGUACUGACAACCUGCAUACUUUCCUCUGGUAUCUUUCUCAAAUUUGAAAUUGUCAGAGGAGUACAUUAUUUAUACACACCGCUACGAGCUCAAUGGAAGUUGGAAAAUCAAGUAUUCCAGGAUAGCUGGGCCAGCAAAGAUCAUCGGUUUUAUCCCGGUAAAGAUAUAUUCCGCAGAAAAAGCAUUUAUCUUCUUAUCCUUGCCAAAGAUGGUGGUAACAUCUUGCGAAUGCCUCAUACUGGUGAAUUCUUGAUGCUUCUCGAUUGGGUUACUAAUGAAACAUUCACUACUGUUGAUGGGCUACAGUACACAUACCGUAAUAUAUGUUUGCACUACCAUAACGAUUGCUUUGAACAAGCGCAUGCUCGUUUUAUCGCCGAUAUAUUUCAUCGUGGUGACCAGGGUCAUUUUAAUGUGACCUAUCCAUUAUUCAAGUCACAAUUUUCAACCGAGGCAACUGAUCUAUCGCAAACACUUGGAGGAGUACAGAUGAAUUCAAAACAACAAAUUCAAACAGCCAAAGCAUGGAUGGUUCUUUAUCAAUUGCAGCAAAACUCUGAACUUAAUCAGAAACUGAGCUUGGAUUAUGAAAAUUCAUUAAGUAAUCGAAUCGAAGAGAAAAAUAUUCCGUUUAAAUUACUCAGUUUAUAUGCUUUUCAUUCGGAUAUUUUUGAAAUGGAACUUAUCAAAAGCAGUGUUCUCAUUGCACCAAAAUUUGCUUAUACCUUUCUAUUGCUACUAAUUUUUUCAAUAUUAUGCACCUUCAAUAUAAUCACUUUCUCAAUUCCGAACUGUUCAAAAUUAUCAUUUGCUAUCGAUUGGCUUAAAUCUAAACCAUUUCUCGGAUUUAUCGGUGUAAUCAUUAGCCUUAUGGCUAUCAUAUCAGCAAUUGGUCUAUUGCUGCUGUUCAACGUCCCAUUCGUUGAUAUUGUGAUAAUUAUGCCAUUUCUUAGCCUCACAGUUGGUAUCGACGAUACAUUUUUGAUGUUAGCUGCUUGGCACGAAACAAAUUCAAAUUUGUCCGUUGAGGAACGGAUCAAAGUAUCCAUGCAACAUGCAGCUGUAUCAAUCGCCAUAACAUCGGUAACCGAUAUUACAGCUUUUCUUAUUGGUUCUAUUACGCCAUUACCAGCUGUAAUCUAUUUCUGCUACUAUUCUGCUGCAGCAAUAGCUUUCAAUUUUUGUUAUUCUUUAAGCGCUUUUGUCGCAUUUUUGGCGAUUUUUGGACGACUGGAAGAAGCAUGUCGGAACAAUUUGUUUUAUGUUAAAACAACUCCUUUAAACGAAUACGCAACUGCUACGAGACUGCAGAAAAUCUUCAAUAUGACUGGAUCUAAAUGUGGAAAUAAUUCUAAGAAAGUAUGCAGUAAUGCUGAGAUGAAAUCGUGCAACACUGAACUUGGAUACCGUCAAUUCAUCAGAAAUUAUUAUGCGCCAUUUCUUGCAUACAGGACAAUUCGAAUUAUUGCAUUUAUUUUGUUUAUUAUUUAUUUUCUCAUAGCAAUAAUUGGGAUUAAAAAGUUGAAAGUUGGAUUUGAUGUAACCAAUCUUCUCAGAGCUAAUUCAUCAGCCAAAAAAUUUCUGGAGCUACGAGCAGAAUUUUUCAAUUACAAAAUGCCGGCAGUUGAAAUAGCAGUAAUGAAACCGCCCGAUAUGUCACAAAAAAGUGACAGGAUUAGAUUUUUGAAAGUUGUGGAAGAAUUUGAAAAUACCACUUGCAGUAGUGGAAGGCAUACAACAGAAUUUUGGUAUUUUGCUUACAAAGAUUUUAUCAAUGAUCUUGGAUUUGGUGCUCAGUCUUGGGAUGUUUUACAAAAUAAUAAAGAGGAAUUCGAGGAAAAUUUACAGCCAUUUUUAUUGGCUAGUGAUAAAUAUCGUUAUGAUAUUUUAUUGCGUGACAAUGGAACCAUACAAGCAUUUCGAAUGUCCACUCAAAUUGUUGACAUACCGAAAUAUUCUUCACAAUUAGUUAUGCAAUGCGCUGAACAGAUGAGAAGCAUAGCAAAGCGAUACGAAACACAAUAUAAUAUUACAACAUAUUCUCUUUUAUGGCAAUUAGCUGAUCAGUUGAACGUAAUUUGGCCUCAAACGUUGCAGGAUUUAUUCAUUUCUGUUGUGGUUAUUAUACCAAUUUCAUUACUGGUAAUUCCUCAACCAUUUUGCGCUCUUGUAAUUGCAUUAACAGUAGGAUCAAUUGCUUUGGGAAUAAUGGGAUUUAUGACAUUUUGGAAUGUCAAUUUAGAUGCUAUUUCAAUGAUAACAAUUGCAAUGUCUGUUGGAUUUAGCGUUGAUUUUGCAAUUCAUAUCACUUAUAGUUACAUAUCACAAACUGAUAACCAAUCAAACGAUAAAAAUGGGACAUUAGAAACCGUUGGUUGGCCUAUUUUGCAAGCAUCGAUAUCUAUUUUACUUGGCAUUUUACCAUUGGCUACAAUAAAUUUGUAUAUUGUGAAAGUAUGCUUCAAAACUGUUAUGCUAAUUAUCGUUAUCGGCACUGUGCAUGCACUUCUAUUUCUACCCUUGUUUCUAAUGCAAAUUCAUGCAUUUUAUUUGUGGUUUAAGUCAUGUCAAAUAGUGAAAUAA